AUGGCGGGUAUGGGUGACGGGUACGUGGGCACGGCCCAGGACGCCGUGAGGAUUCGACGGCUCGAGAAACAGCGAGAGGCUGAGCGACGCAAAAUCCAAGAGCUUAAGAACAAAACUGCAUCCUCUAAAGGUCAACCCGGUCUUCUCCAGUUUGGGUCAAGCACCUCCGAGAUUCUUGAAACUGCGUUCAAGAAAGAAACUGUUGGUCUGGUCACAAGGGAAGAAUACGCUGAAAAGAGAAUGAAUAUUAGGACCAAAAUAGAAGAGGAAGAAAAGGAGAAGCUUCAGAGUCUGCAACAAGAAGAGGAGGAGCUUCAGUUGCAGAAGCUCAAGAAGCGGAAACUAAAGGUGGACCCUCGACUAUCUUUUUCAGAUGAUUUUGAGAAUGACAAUGAAGAGGAAGAGGAGGAAAAUAAAGAUGAAGAAUCUGGAAGGCUUGGGCAGAGGAAAUUUGGCAAAGAUCCUACAGUAGAGACUAGCUUUCUGCCAGACAGUGAGAGAGACGCAGAGGAGCAAGCUGAUUGUGAAAGGCUGCGGAAGCGAUGGAUUCGUGAGCAAGAACAGAUUAAAAACGAGCCUCUUGAAAUCACGUACAGCUAUUGGGAUGGUACUGGCCAUAGGCGAGUGAUUCAGGUACGAAAGGGCAAUACCAUUGGUGAAUUCCUCCGGGCUGUUCAGCAACAGCUGUCACCAGAGUUCAGAGAGGUCCGGACUACUUCUGUGGAAAAUCUUCUCUAUGUGAAAGAAGAUCUUAUCAUUCCACACCAACACAGUUUCCAUGAGCUGAUCAUAAACAAGGCUAGAGGAAAAAGUGGACCGCUUUUCCAUUUUGAUGUCCAUGAGGAUGUUCGCACCAUUGUUGAUGCCACAGUAGAGAAAGAUGAGUCGCAUGCUGGAAAAGUUGUCGAGAGGCACUGGUAUGAGAAGAACAAGCACAUUUUUCCAGCUUCAAGAUGGGAGAUAUACGAUCCAACAAGGAAAUGGGAGGAAUAUACAAUUCAUGGGGAUUGA